GCGGCAGCGGCGGCGGGGGCUGGCAUUGGGCGGUGCGCGGCAGGGCCAGCGGCGGUGCCGCGGGCCGGGAGUGCGUGGCAGACGCUUCCUCGAGCGUGCCCUUCGGCUCCUCGAGCGAGCCCGUGGGUGCGGUGUGCUGCAACCACGGCGUCGUCGCCCCGCCGCCCAGCUGCCCGCCGAGCAUCGCCUUCAGCGCCGCCGCGGGCCUGUGCGAGAAGGCGGGCGGGUGGCUGUGCAGCGAGGCGGAGUUCGAAAAUAGCAGCCUGCAGGUGAGCGGCUCCUGCGACAUCAGCAUGAAGCUGGUGUGGACCCGCAGCGCCUGCGACGCCUCCGAGGUCGGCACCGCCGCUCCCGUGGCGCCGACGCCGGGGCCGGCCGCCGUGGCGGCGCCAGGCGGCCCUCGCGUCUCGAAGUCGACCGCCGAGAGCCCGACCUCAGCCGAGCCCGAGGAGAUCAAGGGCAAGUUCGCCAGGCUUCCCUACAACGCCAGCCACUGCCAGCCAGGCCUUGCCAUCCGGGGCCUCGAGGACUGCGAGCGGGCCAGAAGGGCAUUCGCCCCUGCUGGCGCGAACGGCAGCCUCUGGGACGUGGGCAAUCGGUCCAACUUCACCGCCAGCUGCUCCAUGCAGAAGGACGGCUCCGCCUUCUGGAACGCGCUGGCCUCGGCCGCGACGCAGCCGCAACUGGCGCCCCUCUGCUGGGCCCAGGGCGCCGACCAGGGCCCCGCGCCAGCCGCGGAGGGCGCCAACGUGUCCGCGCCCGCGCCCGCGCUGGCGCCCGCCACCGAGGCCAAUGCCGCCGGCGCAGACGGCGACGUCUGGGCGGGGACCGGCGACGUCGCCAAGGCGGAGAACGCCAGCGUUGCCGCAGCCUCGCCGACCCCUCAGCCCACUCCGACCGUGGCGCCUGGCGCCGCCGGCGCAGACGGCGAGGCCUGGGCGGGGACCGGCGACGUCGCCAAGGCGGAGAACGCCAGCGUUGCCGCAGCCUCGCCGACCCCUCAGCCCACUUCCACCGUGGCGCCUGGCGCCGCCGGCGCAGACGGCGAGGCCUGGGCGGGGACCGGCGACGUCGCCGAGGCGGAGAACGCCACGGCCCCCGUCUACGACGCCAGCGCCGAGAAGGCGGCGGGCCGCGUCGCCGCGGCUUCGCCGACCCCUCAGGCCACCUCGCUGCCGACCUCGCUGCCGACCCCAGAGCCGACCUGGCAGCCGACCCCAGAGCCGACCCAGGUUGCCGAGGGCACGCCUGAUCUCGGGCACAUCACCGUCGGCGCCGGCGGCCAGGAGACAUGUCGGUCGGACAGCGCCUCGGGCGGCGCGCUGGCCGCGGCGUGCUGCUUCCCGCCAGAGGCGGACAUCCCCAGGCCGGUGCACCCGCCCGUCGGCUGCUCCGCGGGCGCCAGCUUCGGUGCCGCGCAGGCGUCCUGCGCGCUGGGUGGCCUGAGCCUGUGCUCCAAGGA